AUGGCCAGUUCAUCGUCUAUCAAUCAAGACCAAACCAGAGAAAACAAGCAUAUUUCGUCUCAAUGGACGCGAUUUGGCUCAAUUAUUUCUGAUGCCGAAGUUGCAGAAGGCAAAACAAUGAAAGCUAAGCAAAAAGAAGUUAUACACCGGUAUGCUCACAGAGAAACAUUUCAGGAUAAAGUCACAGAAAUCCAAUCCGAGACUGGUGUCGCUGAGAAGACCGCAAAAACUCCAAUUUCAGAAACGAAUCUGUACAAGGCUCAAAGAGCUGUGACUGUUUAUAAGCUGUUCGGAAAGACUAUUGGUUCUACAACCAA